CCAUGAAAGAUGACGUCAAACGGGUUCACGAGAACGGACAAAAACGCGGAUUGAUAAACACCCACUGUUUCAGAUUGGUAGGAAGAUGGCGGCAGUUCUGUUACAGAUUUUGGAGCGUACAGAGCUGAACAAACUCCCCAAACCGGCUCAAAACAAACUUGAAAAGUUCCUUACUGACCAGCAGAAUGAAAUUGAAUUCCUCAAAGCGCAGCAUGAGCGGUUCAAAGCAGACUGUGAGCAGCAACACUUUGACAUUGAAAGGAGGCUGGCCGAGAGUCUGGAGCAGGUUCUGACGCACACCAGAGAUUACCAGAUUCUCAAAGAUGAGAACAACAAACUCAUUGAUGAGCUGAACAAUGUGAAAGGUGUUGAUGUGGAAUUGUCGGAUGAGAAGGAAUCUGAGCAGUUGAACAAAGCCAAAUAUGAGAUUGAGGCCGAAAGGCGGGAACUGGCCCGUCUUCUUGAAAAGCGAACACAAGAAGUCGAGACUCUAACUGAGGAUGUCAAGAGGCUCAAUGACAAAUAUUUGGAGACCAAUGCAGCCAAGUUGGAUCUUAAGCUUAAACUGGAUGAGAUCCAAUCUUCAGAGUUUUCCAUUCAGCACCGAGAGAAACGUAUGGAACAGGAGAAGGAGCUGGUUCAGAACCACAACGCAUGGCUGGGCUCCGAACUGAAGGCCAAGACUGAGGAGCUUUUGUCAAUCUCCAGGGAGAAGGGCAAGGAGGUCCUGGAGCUCAAGUGUUGUCUGGAGGGCAGGAAGGAUGAGGUCACACAGCUUCAAACACAGGUCACCAACUUGAAGAUGAUCAGUGAAAACUUGGAGAAGCAGGUGGAGGACCUGAUGACCAAACUGAAAGAGGCCAAAGACCAACAGAGCACCAUGGUGGAAAAGUACAACAAUGAACUAAAUGCUCAAAUCAAGCUCGGCAACCUGUACAAGGCGGCCGCUUCAGAUGCAGAGUCCAAGAACGACGAGCUUAACAGGGCUGUACAGGAGCUGCAAACGCUGACAAAGGAGGCUGGAGAUGCAAGGCAGACCUUAGAGAAGAAGCUGACGGACAUGGAGGAUUCAAAUGCCAAACGGGAGACUGAGCUGAAGGAGAUGAUCAACAAAUUGGAAAUGGAGCUGGAGAAUGCCAAUCUGCUGGCUUCAAAUAAGAGUGCAAACAUGCCAGUUCUUACAGAGGAGGAGUUGGACUCCAUGUGUCCUACUGCAGCUGCUGUUGCCAAGAUUGUCAAGCCUGGAAUGAAAUUCAUGGAGCUGUACAACGCAUUUGUGGAUGUCCAGGGCCAGUUGCUUGUGGAGAAGCAGGAGAACCGGCGUGUGACACAGAUAUUGGAUGAGAUUGUCCAAGAGGUGGAAGAGAAGGCACCUAUUCUGAAGCGCCAGCGGGAGGAAUAUGAGAAUGUACAGAGGUCCAUGAGCAGCCUCUGUGUCAAGCUGGAACAGGCCAGGAUGGAGAUCCACAGCCUUCAGAAGGAGGCAGAUGAUGCCAAAAAACACUGCUCUAGCCUGGAGGUGGAUAGUGAGCGGUCUAGGAGACAGUUAGAGGACAUGUCCCUGCAGGUGCGUGUGCUGCUGGUGGAGCUGGAGGAAGUACGGGGCAAUCCUAUUGUCCACGAUGAGACUGCCAAUGUGAGCAGCAGCUCUGAGGUUGUCAGACUUCGCCAGGUUCGUUUCCGCAGUGUGGAUGAGCUGCAGAGGCAGAAUCAGAGUAUGCUGGUGCGCCUCCGGGAGCUGGAGGAACAGAGGGAGAGAGAGCAGACUGAGGCCAAGUCUGCAUGUGUUACCCAGCUGGAGCAGCAGCUGGACAAUGUCCAGCAGGAGCUGGAGAUUAUUAAAGAACAGAGGAACCAGCAGAAGCAGUUGGCUGACUCCAACGCCCGGCAGAGAGACAUGUAUCGAAUUCUGCUGUCCCAGAGCACUGGCUUAGACUUCCCACCCCAAGGUCCUCCACGUGAUGUCACUCCCCACACCUACACCCCCAGCCGGCCCUCUUUCCCCCCUCCUACCAGGUCAACACCUAUGAGAGCUGCAACAUCUGAGUCUGCCCAGAAUACCCAAGCAAAGGCUGCCCUCAAACAGUUGAACGACUCUUUCACCAUGUACAAGAAGGAGAAGGCAGAGAAUGACAAGUUGCUGAAUGAGCAGAAUGACAAGCUGCAGGAGCAGCUAUCUGAGGUCCGGUGCCAGAAAGCCAAGCUCUCCACACAACUUGAGUUUGCAACCAAGAGGUAUGAGAUGCUGCAGGAGAAUGUGAAUGGCAACAGGCGGGAGAUUGCUGUGUUGCAAGAGAAGAACGAGAAAAUGUCCGCCACUGCUCAGAAACAUGAGCAGAUCGUCCACACAAUGACACAGGACCUCCGGGCAGCAAAUGAGAAACUGGCGAUGGCAGAGGUACGUCUUGAGAACCUGAAGAAGGAGAGGGACAUGCUGAAGUCAGCUGAAUUCAGGCAAAAUCAAGAGAAGGAGGCCAUGAUAGCUGAGCAGCGCAACCAGAACCUACUCCUCACCAACCUCAAGUCUAUUCAGCUAAUGAUGGAGCGGACAGACACUGAGACCAGGCAGCGUCUAAACCGACAGAUAGAGAGACUGGAGAGGGAGCUCACCCAAUUCAAGAAUAAAUUGGCUGAGGAGGUGGAGCAGAGACACAUGCUAGGCCGCAAUCAAGAUGCUCAACUGCUAGAAGCCAAGAAGCAGCUAGAGGCCCAGUGUGCCCUACACCAGAAGACCAAGGAGCUGUUGAUGAAUGCUGAACAACAGGCCAGUCUACUGAGACAGCAGCUCAGUCAGACUGAGACUCAGAACCCGGGUACAGGUCAAGGUCUGAGCCUGGAUCAGACCAACCCAAGGGCUCCCAUCAGAGUUCCACUCAGAUCUCCAGUGACUGUUCCGUCCCAGACCCCAGCCCAGUCCCAGGCACCACAGCAGGACAAGCUGCAAGCAGAAUUAGAGGAAGUGUAUGGGCGUCUGCAGAAGUCUGAUAAGCAGAUCAGUGACUUGCAGGAGCUCCUGCAGAAUGCCAGCACCAAUGUAGAGCAGUACCGCACUGUAGUGCUCAGCCUGGAAGAGUCUCUUAGCAAGGAGAAACAGGCUCGAUUGCCUCUGGAGACUCGUUUGAAGGAGGCCCAUGAGUUUCGGCAUGGGCUAGAGAAAAAGCUGGUGGAAUCUGAGAAGGAGAAACAGGAGCUCCGUGAAGAAAACAGGAAAGCUGUGGAGAUUGUUGAGAAAGAGGGAAAUGAGCUGAAGAGGACCAUGAAGAACAUGCAGUCAGAGCUCCAAGAGGCCCUGGAGAGGAUGGCUGCAGCCAUGACCAAGGAACGGAUGGCCAUCCAAGAUAGUUCACAACAGGCCAAGCUGGCCUUGGAGGCCCAGAACAAAUAUGAGCGGGAGCUGAUGCUUCAUGCGGCUGAUGUAGAGGCUCUGCAGGCAGCCAAGAAACAGGCCCUUCAGGGGAACCAGAGCAGAAAGCAGUUAGAGGACAAGGCAAAUCAAGUAACCGCUCAGUUACAAGAGGCCCGCUCCAACUGGAACCAGCUGGAGAAGAAACUCAAGGAAGAUCUUUCAAAGCUGCAGAAGCGAGCAGAUGAGCUGCAGAAGCAGAACGACCUGCUGCACCAGCAGAUAGAAAGUUUAGGAACCAAGAUGGCCUCCACAGUGCAGUGGCACCACCAACAAGCCAGCCGGGAAAACAGCCUCAACCUGUACUUCAGCGAGGAGGGCAAGAGUCGGGAACAGAUCCUUGAGAUCCUUAGGUUUGUGCGACGUGAGAAAGAAAUAGCAGAAACGCAGUUUGAGGUGGCUCAGGUAGAGACACUACGCUACAAACAACAGGCUGAACACCAGGAUAGAGAAUUGAAGGAACUGCAUGAGAGCCUCAAUGCAGAGAGAGAAAAACUGCAGCUAACAGCAAAGACAAUAGCCCAGAAUGAUGAGAAGUUGAAGAAGAUGGAGAACAUGAACGUACUUGUGGAGACCAACAAGAUGCUGAAGGAGGAGCGAGAGAGACUGGAGCAGGAGCUGCAUCAGACACAGGCCAAAGUGCAAAAGCUAGAGAAUGAUAUCACUCCCCUGCAGGACUCCUACUCAGAACUGAGCAAGAAGAAUGACAUGCUGCAGGCUGAAAAGAAGCUGCUGGAGGAGGAUAUCAAACGCUGGAAGACCCGCACACAGCAACUGGUGAGCCAGCAGAAGGACACUGACCAGGAGGAGAACAAGAAGCUAAUCUCUGAGCGGGAGGCCCAUCUCAAACGUAUCCAUCAGCUCUCUGAGGAGACUGGUAGACUUAAGGCUGAGGUCGCCAGGACCCAAGCUUCAUUAACCACAGCCCAAAGCCAGUUGCAGAACGUUAGAGAGACCCUGGGCAAGGUGACCACCGAGAGGGACACUACCAAGAAAGAACUUGAUGUAAAGAAUAUUGACAUCCAGGAGAAGGCCAAAACCAUCACGCAGGUCAAGAAGAUUGGACGACGCUACAAGACCCAAUACGAGGAACUCAAAGUACAGAAUGACAAGCUUGUGGCAGAAGCUGCAGCCAAGGAGGUGCAGCAGGCCCAGCAGCACGCCCAGCAGCUGGCUCAGCAGGCCUCGGCCCAGGAGAUCCAGUGUCUGAAAAACUCCCUCACCCAGGCCAACACCAAGAUCAAAGACCUUGAGGGUCAACUAGAGAAUGUACAAAAGACGGUGAUUGAGCGUGACAGUGAGAUGGGGCGUCUGGAACAGGAGGUUAUCCGUCUCCAGGGGCAGUCUACCCAGGCCUUGGGGACCCAGGGAGAGGUAACAAGGCUUAAACAGGAGCUACAGAUGAAGGCUAACCAGGAGGAGACGCUAAGACUACAGCUGGCAGACAAGGAGGAGAAGACCAAAAAGGCUUUCAUGGGAGCCAAGCAAAAGAUCAACCAGCUUAACAUUGCGAAGGAGAAGCUGACUAAGGAGGUGGAGGAACUGAAGCAGCAGCGGGAGGAGCAAGAGGUGCGUCUUAGUGCCCUGAAGUCCCAGUAUGAGGGCCGUUUGCACCGACAGGACAGAGAGAUCAGGGAGCUUAGAGACCACCGUGACGAACAACCUCAGAGGGAUGAGCUCCAGGACCAAGGCAACAAUAAGGAGCAACCACAAAGAGCUCCUGAGCAAAGGCAGAUCACCCAGAGGACCACCCAAGCUACGGACAGGGGAAGUGGUUCUUCCGGCUCCUCAGAGCAGCCCCCCACAGCCAACAUCAAGCCUACCCCCGUGACAGGUGGUUCCACUGGUAAACCCUCCCAGAUCCCCGGAAAUAAGUCCACCCCGAGGGCCAGCAUCCGACCAAUGGUGCCCGUGACUGUACCCACUCCCACUGCCACCGUCAUGCCCACCACACAGUCUGACAACCAGGAAGUGCUUCAGACCUCUGAGGGUGGAAUCUCCGUGGAACAUGUGUCUGUGUUUGGCAGCACCAGUGGCUCAGUCCGCUCCACCAGCCCCAACGUCCAGAACACCGCACACUCUCAGUCAAUUAGCAGCCAAGCCACUGCUUUUGUUCAGCCCACCCAGCAACAGCAGGCCCCAUCCACCUCUGAGCCUGCAAACCAGGAACCAGAGGCUGGUACUGGCGGUCAGAUGGAGAGGCCUUCAACAUCUACAGCAGUGUUUUGCUCAGGUAUGGCCAUAGUAGGCUCUACAGGGCCUAAGCGUCCCCGUGAGGACGAGCAGGAGGCUGCGUCCGAUAGCACCGACAUGGUCCAGGAGGAGAGUGAAGAACAACCAAUCCCUAAGAAGCUCUGUAUCAUCCAGAGAGUGGGCCUGGAGGAAGAUUGUGAAGAGGGCACAGAUGGAGAUGCUGAAGUAUCAGGAGUGAACCAAGAGACUCCAGAUGGCAACCAGGAGCUACCAGAUGUGUCAUUCCCUAUAUAUAGAGAGGUGGAGGAGGAGGAAGAGGACGGGGUAUCCCAGUCGGUCCCCUCAGACCAUCAGGUGACUCUCCGGACUUCUAAUAUGCAGGACUCCAUUGAGGAACGCCAGCCUGACGUCAUUGUCAUUGACACAGACAGCUCCAAUCGAGACGAAGAGGAAGAGGCAGAGCAGUAUGAGGAAGAGGAUGAAGUCAAUGAAGAUGACGACCCGGGGAUGGGAGGAGAGGAAAGCAACGAGGGGAGUAGAGAUGCCAUCGAGCCAUUUGAAGGAGAGGGGGACGAGAGAGGUCUGGAGACUUCAGAGCCUGCCUCAGACAAUGAGAGCAUGGGAGCUACAGACUCCACCUCCCAAAAACAAGCUGACUCUCAAAGUGGUGAAGGGAGCAGCAGCACUACAGAGUCCAUUCCUUUUCCCUUGGCUGACCCCCCCAGAGAGCUGUUACAGUCAACACCUAACACCGCCACUACCUUUUCUACAUCCCCCUCUCCAUUCCCAUCCUCACUCAGCCUUGAUCCACGCCAAGUCCCUCUGCGCCUGCCCCAGUCUGUUCCCCGCCGCCCCCCUCAUCCCCUCCCCCCACGUCUCUACAUCCAGCCCCCCGCCCCUGAGCUGGGCUUUGGACCCCCACCCACACAGAGGCAGCCUGCACCAAUCCGCCGACAGUCUGUAGGCAGAGGACCACAGCUCACUCCUGGGAUAGGCAGCAUGCAACAUUUCUUUGAUGAGGAUGACAGAAUGGUCCCCAGCACCCCCACACUGGUGGUCCCCCACCGGACUGAUGGCUUUGCUGAAGCCAUCCAUUCUCCCCAGGUGGCAGGAGUUCCCAGGUUCAGGUUUGGUCCUCCUGAAGAUAUGCCUCAAGCCAGCUCCUCCCAUUCUGACCUGGGCCAGCUUGCCUCACAAGGAGGUACAGCACACACAUCCAGUGCUCAGUUCUUAGAUGGUCUGGGGAUGUAUGAGAGUCCUCUGUUUCUGGCUGCUCAUGAUGAAGAGUCAGGAGGGAGGAGUGUCCCCACCACACCCUUACAGGUCGCUGCCCCAGUGACAGUCUUUACAGAGUCACACCCCUCAGACAUGCACGACAUGGCAUCGCAGUCCGUUCCUAUGGUGACCACAUCUGCAGGUCACCAGGGGCUGGUGGUGUCUGGUGGAGAGGCGGCCCCUGUAGAUGAUGGAGACGAAGUGUUCUUGGAGGCAGAGAAUGAAGGUAACAGUGGUGAUACGGUGAUGGAGAGCCAGGCUGAAAUGGACUCUUCCCAGCCAUCCGACGAUGCCAGCCUGCCCUCCACCAGCCAGGAGCCCAAUUCCAGCUCUGGUGACACCAGUAGUAGUGUGCAGCCCAAGCCGUCAGGCCGUCCCAUACCUCAACAUUCUCUGGCCAUGAGGGCAACCAACAGAGGCAGAACUCUUAUACGAAGAGGUAAGUCUUCAUGCUUCACUCGAGCAGGAAGAGGUCCCUUCAGUAGAGGAAACCUACCCCGCUAAUGAUAUUAUCAUGGAGUACUUAAUCUCCCUCCCAUUGCAAUCAUAAUUCUUACUCAACUUUUUAAUUCCAAAAAUGUUUUCCUUGUGAGCUUUUUUCUUCAUUUUUGAAACCGGAUACAACAUAGUUUAAAAGCGUUCCUUUAAUUUUAGGACUGUUUUCCAAAUGUUUCAGGAUGAGAGAAUGUUCUGAUGCUUUUGUUUUUCUAAUAAACUUUGACAAAUUGUU